GCCCAUAGUCUCCAUCUCGUCAACUCGCCAUUGCUGAUUACUCAGCAAUCAUCAGCAGCUUGUUACUACUCCUACUUACGCAAAUUUGGAGCAGCGGCCGCCUACGCCGACGCCGACGCCGACGCCGUGUUGGUGGAAAUGGGCAAGAAAGCCAUCCGAUACGCCGUGGUGGAUGCCUUCGCGACCGAGCCGUUCAAGGGCAACCCCGCCGCGGUGUGCCUCCUCCACGACGACAACGCCGCGGACGAGCGGUGGAUGCAGUCCGUCGCCACCGAGUUCAACCUCUCGGAGACCGCCUUCCUCGUCCGCGACUUCUCCCGGCCCGCCAGCGCCGCCCCGCUCUUCCACCUCCGAUGGUUCACUCCCGUCACCGAGGUCGACCUGUGUGGGCACGCGACGUUGGCCUCCGCCCACUUCCUCUUCACGGCCGUUCUCCCGGAGCAUGGCAUGAUCGAGUUCAUGACCAAGUCCGGUAUCCUGACUGCGAAGAAAGUUCUUGCGCCAGGGGGCGCAGGCGAGGCCCACGGGAAGCUGUUUAUUGAGCUGAAUUUCCCCAUGAUUGAUUUCCUGGACUGCAACGAGAUGCCGUCGAUUCCGGAGACCCUAAACGGCGCACCAGUGGCCAGUGUUCACAAAUCGGCGGCCGACGGUGAUCUCAUUGUGGAACUUUCUUCAGCAAAACAGGUUGCCGACAUACUUCCUAACAUGGAUGAAAUUAAAAAGUUGUCAUGUGGUGGUAUCAUGGUUACAGGACCGGCACCUGCUGGGUCUGGUUAUGACUUCUUCACACGUUUAUUCUGCCCAAAAUUUGGGAUGGAUGAGGACCCUGUUACUGGCAGUAUACAUUGUGUAUUGGGACCCUUUUGGGGUAGAAAGCUUGGGAAGCAAAAACUGACGGCAUUUCAAGCAUCUCCGAGGGGUGGAACGCUAUACCUGGAACUGGAUGACGCAAAUCGGAGAGUGAAAAUCCAAGGAGAAACUGUUACUGUCAUGACCGGGACGCUCCUGGCGUAACAUGUCAUCUACUCCCUCCGUUCCUAAAUAAUUGUCUUUCUAGCCAUCUCAAAUGGACUAUAACAUACGGAUGUAUGUAGACAUGUUUUAGAGUGUAGGUUCACUCAUUUUGCUUCGUAUGUAGUCAUUUGUUGAAAUCUCUAGAAAGACAAUUAUUUAGGAUCGGAGGGAGUAGGCAUGAUUGCUUUGUAGGGAAAUCACGGUCGGGUUUGUAAUAUGAACAAUCGUUGUGGGCAAUUACUCUAGGCUGCUCUGUGGUGGUUUUAGAACUUCCAGCGGUUUCUUGAAGGUCACUCCGCCGGUGUAUGAGCUGUGCAAGGCCACCAAUAUUUUCCAGUAACCUCUUCCCACAUAGUUAUAUUAUAUCCUAGCAAA